GGGUUAAGUGAGGGAAGAGAAAAGAACCGGGCAACAGACUUCCCGUGACCAGUCUCCUCCAUUGCCGUAGGAGGAAACCUGGGCGGCUGCCAGCCCCUCAGAGUCGCCCGAGGGCGAAGUGAAACAAGGACAAGGAGGGAGGGCCGGCGAAGAGACGAGGAGGAGGCGGCCCUCGCGGGAGCUGCCGUGCCGUCCAUCAUAACCAGGCGAACGAGCUGCGCUGGGGGAGGGGGAAAGGCUUGAGCAACCAUGAGCUGCUCUGAGGGGCUGAGGCGACGCGAUUAAACGGCGACGGCGCUGAGGGGCCGCGGCCACCGGCUCUCCUUCUUUCCCACGCGAAGCGGGAGCAAUCAUCCCACCCUCCCUUGUUGAAGAUGCGGCAUGGCAGAGGAAACUAGCCCCUCUAGAGCCAAUUUAAACACACACACCAUUAUUGUCUCUGUUAAAUGAGAUGUACAAAGCAGGACAUCUGGGUCAGUGACGCUUCGCGAUAUAGAGGAGACAUAUAUUACUAACAAGUUCUAAGAGACCAGUCACUCCUGGAUAAUGCUCAGCUGUUACCAAGGAUUUGACAAUCACUAGAUUGCUUCUCAAAUCAUCCUGCUUUGGAGCAGAAUUGAUUCUUACGAUGUCAAGUGCUAUGACCUCGUGGAGUAUAAUCUCAGCAAGAAGCAUUAUCUGCACUUUGCAUGGAAAAGGACGUUUGUAUUCCAGGUGCUUUUCAAGCCAGAAGAAAGUAGCAUGGAGGAGUUUGCUUGCCAAAGGUUCUUUUUCUUUUUUUCUCUCAAGUUGCAGCUGUAGCAUGGACAGUGUUUUCACUGUGAGAAAAGCUUUCAGACAUACUUCCACAGAAGAAGAAGACUUCUCCUUCCACCUGACACCAUCACAGAUAAAUGACAUCUUAAGGGCAAAUGAGUUGUCCAUUACAGUACCUGAAUUCGAUGGGAAAAACCCGAGCUCAGUGCUGAAAUUUGAGAGUAAUCACUUGGCUGCCAACACCCCGAGUGAAGACCGUAGAAGUGCAGCUACUUGCUUGCAGACCAGAGGGAUGAUGUUUGGGGUCUUUGAUGGCCAUGCAGGUUAUGCCUGUGCCCAGUCGGUCAGUGAGAGACUGUUUUUUUACAUCGCUGUUUCUCUUUUGUCUCAACAAACACUGGAAGAAAUUGAAUCUGCCAUGGAGUCCAUGAAACCCGUUCUGCCUAUUCUGCAGUGGCACAAGCACCCAAAUGACAGGUUCUUUCAAGAAGUCGCCUCUCUGUAUUUGGAGCAGCUCAGGGUUUAUUGGCAGGACUUGCUGAACCUGGACAUGGAGCCAUGCCUUACUACAGAAGAAGCCUUAACCUAUGCAUUUAAAAGGCUGGAUUCAGACAUCUCUUUGGAGGUUCAGGCUCCCUCAGAAAAUGAACUGAUAAGGAACAUAGCUCUCCAGGUGGCUUUCUCAGGUGCAACAGCAUGUGUGGCUCACAUUGACAGUGUUAAUUUGCAUGUUGCAAAUACUGGAGACUGCAGAGCAAUCCUAGGGGUUCAAAAUAAAGAUGGGGCAUGGUCCGCCCUCUCUCUUACCCGAGACCACAAUGCCUUCAACAAAUCAGAAACUUUAAGGCUGAAAAGGGAGCACCCAUCCUCUGAAGAGGACACUCUCAUUGUGAACAACAGGUUGCUAGGAGUUCUUAUGCCUUCUAGAGCUUUCGGAGAUGUCAGGUUUAAGUGGAGCCAGGAACUUCAGCACAAUGUGCUGGGAAAUGGUUGCAACACAGAAGCUUUAAACAUUUAUGAGUACGUGCCACCAAACUAUCAUACACCUCCGUAUUUAACUGCAGAACCUGAAGUCACCUACCAUAAGAUAAGGCAGCAGGAUAAAUUUUUAGUGAUUGCUUCAGAUGGGCUGUGGGACAUGUUGAGUAAUGAAGAGGUGGUCAAGCUUGUUGCCGAGCAUCUGCUUGAAGGUGACAUCCAGAAAACGCCACUUGCUUUUAAGAAACCACCCAACCUAGGUUACAUGCAAAACUUGCUUCUCCAGAGGAAGGCCAAGCACAUCCAAUCCAGUGACCAGAAUGUGGCUACCCACCUCAUCCGACAUGCAGUUGGCAAUAAUGAACAUGGAGAGAUUGAUCCAGAGAAGCUUGUGGCAAUGUUGACUCUUCCUGAUGAUUUGGCACGCAUGUAUAGGGAUGAUAUCACAGUUACUGUGAUCUAUUUUGAUUCAGAUAUAAUUGAAGGUUACUACAGAGAGAAUGAAUAACUGACCUGUCUUUAUAAGACCAUAUGUUUUAAUUCUGGGGACCUAGAAAUACUAUUGUGUAGAAAUUCCCCUGUCCUAUCUUCAGCGGUCUAAUAGUGGCUUCUUUAAAAAUAAGAGUUCAUGUAAAAAUCAAAUAGCUUCUUUUGGUUAAAACAGCCACCCCAAACCUGAUGCCUUCCGGAUGUUUUGAACUACCCACUCCCAUUAUCUGCAGCCAGUACAGCCAUGCUGGUUGAGGCUGAUGGGAGUUGUAGUCCAAAACAUCUGGAGGGCACCAGGUUGGCGAUAGCUGGGUUAAAGCCAUGUAAAGGUAUUUAUUUUAGUAGAACAAACAUCUGCUUGUUGUUUAAAGCCCUAAUACAGGUGGCCAAAUCUCAUUGCUGUUGGAAUUUGUGACAAUGUCUUUGUGAACUGAGAAUACUUGCGUUAAACAAGAUAAAUCUUUUAGAAUGGUAGACAGCACUUUUUAUUUGAAGUCCAAGUUCCAAGAUAGCCAUGAGUGCAAAUACUGUGUGUGGGAGAGGGGUUAGUUUGGGUGUGCUCCCAAGACAAACUGUUUUGAGGGACAGUCUAUGAGGCGCUACUCUGGCUCCACAUGUGUUGAAAGGAGCUGAACAGAAGGGUCUCAUGUUGGAAAAGACUCUCUGGAAAUUGUGCCUCCAAAACAUGAUAUUUCAGUGAGACUUACUUCCAUGCAAACAUGAUAAAUCCUCUGCAUUUAUUCCAACAGGGAAGGUUUCUUUUAUAAAACACUGCAGCCGUUUAAAAGAAAAUGUUAAUUUGAUUGGCUCUUGUACUCAGCUUUCUGCUGCACCCUGUUUAAAGUUUGAAAACUGGCUUUCUUCUUGUUCUGGCUGUGACAUUGUUUAUGCACUGGACUAAUUGCUACUUGAACACAUUUAUACUGUACUGCAGGGAUUCAAAGCUCUUGUUUACUACUUCUACUACCAUAGUACCAAUUAUUGCUGUACCCCAGAACUUCUCAAGCCUUUGGGAAUUUUGCCCUUUUUUAAAUGCCUCAAAUUAGCUAUGUUGUAGUCUUGCAAAGUACUUGGCAGAAUACUUCUUUUUUUCAGAAAAACUUCCUUUCUAAUACAUUUUUGCAUGUAUAAACAUUUGGAUAUAUAACUGAUGGUGUUUUUUUUUGAAGCAAAUCAUUACUAGUGGAAACCAACUACUUUUGGCUUGUUGGGAGCAUACAAAUAAGGUUGUGGGUUUUUUUAUUUGCUUAAAAAUUAUACAUUUUUUAAAACAUGAAGUUUUGCUUGUAGACUAUAUGGAAAUACAGUCUUGGAUGUACAUACAGUGCUAGUUGUUCAUGACUAUUGAAUCUUCUUGACAAAUGCUCCCUAAAAAACAUUUUAGUGUUUUAUAUUAUUCCAGAUCACUCAUACUUUGAAUCCUGAUUUCAGAAAAGCACUUAACUGUAAAUUUAAUUUCAAGUAAGCGGUUGACUUCAUAACAGUUGCGUUCUUAAUUCAAACCAAUCAGAUAAAGGCACAUUUAAGGCAUUUCAAACUACCAUAUAAAGAAUACAAUGACCUUGUAUUGGGCAGUGAAUCGUCUAUACAGGUGGAAUUUUCCAUUCUGUGAGUCAAAGUUCGGGACUUGUUUGAAGACCACAUCUGAUAGCAUAAGGUUCAGGAAUAAAGCCUAGGGAAUUAAAAUCUUAAAUGUCAUGCUCUGCACAGAGAAAUGAGAGUGGAGUGGGGGAAGCUAUGAACUGCAAUUAAUGACUUAGUUUUAAUGUAGGUAAGAAAUCAUUUCUAUCUCCUAAGUAUGAUAUACCUUGAGGCUUGCAGGUAUGUUUAUCUAAAAGGGAAAGAAAGUGGGUGGGAGGAGAACUGAAGUAAGAAGGAAAACAAAAGAAAGUGGGUGAGGUUUGCAACAUAUAUUCAGUUCUGUAGAAUUUUAAUGCUUCUUAUUUUAGAAUCAGUUUCUAAAAAAAAAAUAAUAAUGAAAAGUUUGCCUUUCUGCCAGCACUUUAAAACAAAACUACUCUGCAUGGUUUUGUACACAGACAAGACUUAGACCAUAAAAUAUCGCUGAAUUGGAAUACAUGUCAUCAUCAUAAGUUUAUUACGGUCAAGGACCCACUAUAAAACAAGAGAUACAAAAUACAGUAUAUAUACAAAAGGAACAGAAUGACAAUAAAACAGAAUACAAAAUAAAAUUGCUUCGAAGCAAGAACAUUCAGUUAAGAGGGCAAGGUUAGCCGUAUUUGUUGGAAUACAUGUCUAGGUAUUACUUAUUAGCAGCGUGCCCAAGUGUUGCAUAAGAUCAUCAUCAAAUGUGGGAAAUGGUAUCCAUUUAGUAGAUGAAGAUUCUAGCAUCAAGUACAGUCUCUAAGGGCUGCUUAAAAGGGUCUUCUUCUGGUUUUUAAUCAGUUGUGAAUAAUUAAGUUAGAUGUGAGUGAAGCACUCGUAUGGCAUCUUCAAAAUAAAGAGUAUGUGUCAUUUAAGAGUUCUAAAUGUUUUUUUAAAAAUGUUAAUGAAGAUUGUGUUGAACUGUUACUUGCUAAUUGGCAAUUACUGUUUUAAAGGCCAUACUUGUAUUUUUUUUGUAAAAACAGGGCUAGCGCAUCUUUCAAACGAAGGCACGCCCAAUUUAAUUUAGAGUGAAAAUUAAUAUUUAGAAAGUGUUUGAUGGAUAUGCAGAUGAUACUAUUGGCUGCACUUCCUCCUUUUGUAGCUGCAGCAAACACAGUUGAUUGCCAUUCAUCUAUGUGGUAGGAACUAUAGUGCUUCUGAGGCAACUUCUGAAUUUCCUCAGAUUAGGGUUUCUUCUGAAGGGCAUGUGAUGUACAGCUUCUCUAAGUGCCCAUGUGACACUUCAUUCCAUGCUUUCUGAUCUACAGACACCUCCUUGCAGCUUAUCUUUCUGGCAUAUCUGACUUGCUGAAUCACUUCAAAGCAGUUCUGCUCAAUAAAUGUACUUUUCUGUUCCAAAGUCCCUUAUCUGUUAUUUGGACCCCUGCCUACUGUAUCCCAUCUGCGAGCAAAACCCUGUUGUCCUUCCAUUCCUGUUUCUAUGUGUUCUGCCGUGCUAUCACCUACCAACAAUGUAAAACAAUGGCCUAGUUCACACCUAAUGCUAAACCAUGGUUUAUUAAGCUAUGGUUUCUUAAAUCACAACUUAGCAUGUGUGAAUCCUGGCCAGCAGCUUAAUUGUGUUUUUACUGCAACAAACCACAAUCUGAAACCAUGACUUACUGUGGGUUUACAAACCUUGGUUUCUUUUAAUUAUGGCUUGGUGUUACAUGUGACCCCAGCACCCUUCCAUAACUACGGUUUGUUUGACCAUUGCACUCCCAGUUGCUCACCAAACUACAGUGGCACAAGGCUCAUAUGGGAACCAGGCCAAUGACUUCCUUGUUCAUCAAGCUGACUAAAUCUCUGCUAAAUCCUUCCUCAACACCUAUUUUACCAAACUAUUUUCAAAAACAUAAACUGGUCCACGUUCCCCAUCUUGUCUACUCUGGCAGUGGCUUUCUAGGGUCUUUCCUAGCCCAUCUACUGGAAGCCUUUUUAACUGGAGAGAAGCUGGGGGUUGAACCUGAAACCCUACAAAGCAUGUGCUGUAUCCGUGAGCUAUGGCUUUUCACCUCACUCUCUACUUUUCAUGGUCCCUCCAUGAUAUUUUCUCAAUUUCUGUGUACAAUGUCAAUUAGAGUUGCCAAGUCAGAAGCAUUCCAAACCCUGAUAUUUCAGGGGUGUGCCCUGGUGAUGUCAUUAAACAUGAUACAUUAAGCAUCAACCACAGUUGCUUGGAGCAUACCAGUUAAACAAUAACAUUUCUCUGAUACGAAAUUAAGAUAGAAAUCUUAGCUAAAUAAGGGUACUUCUAGGUCCAGCUGAAGUGAUGGGAUCAUUGCUUCUCACCUGCUUAGAUAGCCUGGGUAAGGAACAUUUAAUCUAGCCUGCUUGCUUCUGGCGAGAAGAGUUUAAGUGUCCUCAGGCCAGGCCAGUCACCAGAAGGCCAUUGUAGGAAGAAAGCCUAGUGUUGGGAUGUUAGAUGGGAGCAUUCACGAGUAAAGAAUGAUGGCCCUGAAGGCUGCAAUUCUAAACACUAAGAGCUAUAGAGCUCAACAGGGCUUACUUCUGAGUAGAUAUGGUUAGGACUGUGCUUUUGGUAAGGUUUGACUAGGGAUCUUCUGCAACGAUAUCCAUAUCAAAGAGGGUUGGAAUGCCCUGCCUACCUUUAACGUAGCUGCUCCAAACAUCUUUACAGACUUGACCCUUCAGAAAGAGGUUUGAGAAAUUAGUAAGAGUUAAGAAGAUUCUCUACUGUUUCCUGCCUACUCUGCGGGCUGCUAUAAACUCACUUUGACAGCCAACCCAAUUCUAGUGUGUAAUAAUUGACAGAGGGAAAACACACAGUUUGGUCUACCUUCACAGGCAGUAGAUUGAAGCCACACUUCCCAGUAUGUGAAUUCUCUUUCACCACUAUUGGGCAAGAAACAAGCUGUAAUGCAAGAAAAAAAGGUGCAUCAUAAGUGGGUUUAAGGGGGUUCAGCUGAGUGCAUCGAACCACUGUUGUUGCUUCUAUGGAUGGAUGUAAGAGAGUGAGAUCAGAGGUAAAUGAAAUGCAAAUAGGAAAACAAAAAUGAAGACAGUGAUGAUUUCCUAAAUGUAAUAGCAUACCAACCACAACAAGAUUCCUAUGAGUAAAACAGAAAACUUCCACAACCAGUCAGGGUUCCUAACCAAAACUAAAAGAAUCCUGGCAGCCAGUCAGCUAAGGUCACAGAAAUCCCCACGCAGCACAACCUGACCCAGGGACUGCGGUUAGUGCAGAAUGCUGUGGCACGACUGCUGUCAUGUAUGAGACCCUAUCAGCACAUAAUACCUCUGUUCUGAAAUCUGUAAUGGUUGUCGAUUUGCUAACAGGCCAAGAUCAAAGUGUGCUUUCCGUAUUACAGGUUCCACAUAGUACUUGUUCUGCUCUUGUAAGAAAUUGAUCCUUUAGUGUGGCAGUACCUGUGCUUUGGAACUCCCUGUCUAUUUAUAUUAGACAGGUGCCUUCAUUGUACUCAUUUUGGCAACUGCUAAAACAUUUUUGUUUAGGCAAGCUUACCCAGGCAUGCAGAAACUAUUAUGUUUUUAUCUGUUUUUAACUCAUUGUUGGCUUUAUUAUUUUGAAUGUUUUUAAAUACCUGUCUUUAACUGUUUUUGCCAAUAA